UGCUUUAUUCAUUUGCUGCGUUGUUUUCUCUCAUUCACUCUCUCGACCAAGACGGUGUGUCUCUUUAUUUUUACUCUAUUGAACGAUUUAAUUUCAAUAAAAAUGAAAACUUUGGGUCCAUCUUUGCUGCUCUCCGCGUGUCUGAUUUCGUUGGCCAAUGGAGUCAUCAUGACGAACGCGCGGAAAGCGAAAAUUAUCGACGACACCCUGUGCCCUAAGGUCAAGCCGAUGCGCUUCUUCGACCUCCCGAGGAUCGAGGGAGGUUGGGCGUUUCAGCAGUAUUUUGCCAGCUCGGAGGAGGCCCUCGCGUACCACUGCAUGCGCGGCGAGAUGAAGGUCGAGGGCACAGGACUGUCGGCCAGGGUCAUCAUGACCUUCCAGUACGGGUACAUUGAUGACCCGGACGCCGACAUGCUGCAGGGCAACAUGACCUGGGUCAUUCCUGACAUCAAGAAUCCGGCACACUGGGAGCACGCCGAACAACCAUACGAAGGGGUGUACAACACGUACGUGCUGGACACGGACUACAAAGACUGGAUGUUGCUGCUGCACUGCGCCGAGAAGAAGCAGACGCCGCGCUACCUUUCCUCAAUAAUCAUGUCCCGCCGCCCCGAACCACUCGGCGCCGCCGUCCUCUCGUACCUGCGCGACAAACUGGCCAAGUACCACGUGCCCUUGGAGUUCAUGUUCCCGGUCGAGCAGGUGAACUGCACCUCCAAAGCCACAUCGAACCGAUUUGCGAACAUCAAACUUUUUUGAAAUGAAAGAGGGUGCGUUUUAAUCUUGUAUACACUUCACGAUGUUUUAUUUGAAAUAUAUCGCAUUUCACACAAUUGUA